UGCGCUUAUUGUCCCGAUGUCCCCGCUUCUGUAGGAGCCAUUGAACCGUAUAUGCUGAUAAAUGUACAACAUGAAUAGGACUGACAACAACACGUCCCUAACAGGACAGCAGCGAACAUUCUACAACACCCUGGCUCAUUUUUACGACACACUUGAUGAGUUGGAAACGUCAACAUUCGGUAUGACGGCAAAACCGAAAGGAGAACUGAAGAGCCUCGCACCGAGGGACAAUUUCGAUUAUUACGAUGCAUCUCACGCAGGUGUGACUCUCGGGAGCCUGAACGACCAGCGCCGGGACGGCACGUGUACCGACACGGUGGUGGUGACGGGACUGGUUGAGCAUCAUUGCCAUCGGAGCGUUCUGGUGGCCAACAGCAAUUAUUUUAAAGCCAUGUUUACAAGCUGUAUGAGAGAGGAACAUGAAGGAAGGGUUGAGAUAAAGGAAGUGGAAAGUGACAUAGUGUCCGCACUGCUAGACUUCAGCUACACGGGGAGGCUCCACAUCACAAAGGGCAACGCGCAGUCACUCCUGGAAGCUGCGUCCUUGCUCCAGUUCGAUAAGGUGCUACAGCCAUGUUACACCUUCAUGGAGAGGAACAUGGACUCGUACAACUGUCUUGGUAUGAACAAUGUCGCCGAGUCUAUCGGGUGCCAACACCUACAGGAAACAUCCAAAACGUUUUCAUUGGAGAACUUUGCCGACGUAGCUAAGGGCGAGGAGAUCGUCCUACUAGAGAAGGAUGAUCUUGUGCGUUACCUGUCUAGCGACAACCUGAACGCACGGCGGGAGGAGCUGGUGUUUCUGGCCGGCAUGAGGUGGCUUAAACACGACCUGGACAACAGGAGGCAAUAUUGUCACGAGGUCCUCUCUACCGUGCGUUUCCGGUUCAUCCGACCUAAUUUCCUGUUGGAUAACGUGGACACUGAGGACCUGGUCCAAAAUUCCUCCAAGUGCGAGAGCAUGAUAGAGGAGUUCAAACGGUACCACAUGCUGCAUUUAGACUGGCACGACUUCGCACCUAACCCACAGUACAAACCCAGGAGGUGUCUGGCGUCAGAGGUGAUCGUCAUGGUUGGAGGGGGUGAGAGAGGUGGAAAGCAAAUGUGGAGGAAUAGUGACCGUGUGACAGCCUACAGCCCGCUCACGAAAAAGUCCGUGAAACUGCUGAGCCUGCCAUCUCGUCCGGUCAUGCCCUCUGUUGUCGCCCUGCGGAACGACAUCUACGUCACAGGAGGAAAACUUGAUGACGUCGUCAGUAAUGAAGUGUGGAAGUUCGAGUCAAAGGUCAACCUGUGGAUGAAAAUGGCGCCCAUGAAACACGGGAGAUACGCACAUGGCUCUGGGAUUUUGGAUGCCACGAUUUAUGUUGUUGGAAGUAAAGAAGACGAAUCGAAGAACACCCAAACAGAAGGAAGCGGAGAGUCGGCGGUACUACGGACGGUGGAGAAAUACGAUGCCUAUAUCAAUCGUUGGGAGGAUUCAGCGCCCCUAGCGAAACCUGCUAGCUCUGCAGCUGUGAUAGGGUACAAGAGGAGACUGUACGUUAUCGGAGGCAACAGUUCCUGUAAGAUGAUCCAGAGGUUUACUCCCCGGAGUAGUCAAUGGGACAUCAUGGAGUCAUCCCUGGUCAUCAACCGGUGCGCGCCCGCUGUCGUGCUGGGCGGACUCAUCUAUGUGCUCGGGGGCGGUUCCCGGAGGGUGGUAGUGUACGAUCCGGAAACAGAAAAGGUAAGCCGUGUGUGUGACAUGACGUUCCGACGUGGUUUCCACGGUGCGGCCGUUGUGGAGGGGAAGAUUUACGUCACAGGGGGCGUGGCUACAGGCGACACCGCUGCGCAUGACACCAUCGAGUGUUACGAUCCCAAAACUGACACUUGGUCCAUCUCUGGGAAGAUGACGGGACCGUUAUCAAUGCAUGGCUGUGUGUCUAUCUGCCGUUAGUUACCCCAUACUGUUUCCUAUUACAUCAUCCCGCGAAUUAUUUACGUAUAUAUUAAAUACCUUGUUACAUAUAUAUCGAUAUCUAUUCAUUUCCAAAAUACAUCCUCCUUGUAAGCUUUAAUAACUAUAUAAGUAUUAAGUGAUUUAAUUCAAUGUAUAUGAAAAAUAUUUGGUUUUAAGGUGCAUAAUGCGAAUGACCAGUGGUAUUUUAAUAUCAGAGCACAAACAAUCUGUUUCUCCUUCUUUGUUACUAUAUAAUGUUAAUGUGCACAAUUCAGUAGAUCGUAAUGAAAAUUCCAAACUUCAGUUCAUAGGAGCUCAUAGGAGCUUGACUUUUUCUCUUUUCAUCCACAGUCUUGGGGGCAAAAUCCCGCAAAAUCGCCACUUAAGUCAAAAUGCCAACAUUAAAUAUAUGUAAUGUCGCUAGUUUCCUUUUAUUUGAAAGAGAUUCUUGUAGCGACCAUACUAUUUUGUUAUUUUCCAAUGUGGCUAGAAAAAAAUCGGCCUCCUGUAACCCGAUACUUUGCCCAAACGCCCCUAGCAAUGGGAAAGAGUACUGUAACCCUAUAUCUAGCAACCGACCGUCAUGAUAAUUAAAUGACAAUAAAACCCACGAAAGGCUAAAAUACUUAGGCUUAAAGGUGGUAUCUAACUGCGCGGCACUGCGGGGUUCGAUAGAUACUCAACGAAUUUCAGAGAUAAAGAACGAAUUUUCUUACGUUUUGGGUUGUCUUCUAAGUCAUACUUUUACGUAUUACGAACAUCUAAAUUAUAAUAAAACAUGGCAAAAACACAACAGUGCCGCAGUGAACGAACCCGCAGUGCCGCACCGGUGCCCCAAGUGCAGUCAGAUACCACCUUUAUCCUUGUGCUGAGUAUUUAUGAACAUAUGCUUAUGUUUCCAAAUACUACAACGUGUGCCAUUGCUACUUUAUUUGCGAUAUUGUGUUCAAUCUAUAUGAUAAAUUGUCAAAAUAAAAGGAA